GAAUCGAGAUUAUUCCCGCGAAUAUUCAGUGGCAACUUGAAGUUUGAUACGAGCAUCUGUGGUUUCAACAUUCAAGGUCGCGUUCUGUCCUUGCUGAAGCUUGCACUUCAUUUUCAAAGCCGUUUCAGUUCCGACUACAUCUUGAAUUGACCCCUGUCUUGAUAUGAUGUCUGCGUUGAGAACUCAGAAGAAAGCCAUGAGGAAAGGCAUUUCCUCAGUGCUGGCUUCACUACCAUCAACCGACAUCCAAGAGCAAUCUCUCGCAAUCACUACACAAGUAAUCUCAUCGCCGCUUUUCCAACGCAGUCGCACCGUUAGCUGCUAUCUAAGCAUGCCAAGUGGUGAAGUCGAUACAUCUUCACUCGUGAUGGAGAUCCUGCGAACAGGAAAGACCCUAUUUGUACCGAAGAUUGACGUCACCGCGGACGGCAGAAUGGAUUUUCUCAAGGUGUACAAUGAGGACGAUUUGAAUUCGCUGCCCAGUGGAAAGUGGGGGAUCAAAGAGCCUCAUUACCGGCAUCAAGGCGGUCAACGAGCAAAUGUUUUGGACAGUUCAGCGGAACAACUUGACUUGAUUCUUCUACCUGGCGUAGCCUUCGAUCGUUCCUUUGCGCGGCUCGGGCACGGCAAAGGGUUCUAUGAUAGAUUUAUUAAGACAUACACAUCUGCGCAUGGUGGACGUGUGCCGGUUCUUGUCGCUUUGGCUCUUCGAGAGCAAAUCCUGGAAGAUGGACAGAUUCCGAUUGGGGAGCAUGAUUGGAAGAUGGACGUAAUAGUCGGUCCAGACGGUAUCCUGCGAGGAAGGAGUAGGGAAGCCGAUUCAUUUCCUCAAGACGAUAAACGAGUUGCCUUGUAGGGCAAAAAUCCGAUGCACCUGUUAAACCGAUGAUGUGCCGCAAAAGAAUGCGAGAUGAAGUUGCACGCUCAUGUUUUGCUGCGUAUGUCGGAUGUCAUUGCAUGAUCCCUUCGACCUGGGAAGCAGCCAGCUAGUCAGUUAUUACGAAUGAAAGAGUGAUGUAAGGAGGACUCGUCCGGCCCGUGUACCAUUUCGUAACUCUCUUCUUUGUUGAUAGUUGGAUUCCAACCUCGAACGUGCAUUGGUGCGGUGAGCAGGC